AUGGCUGUUCGUAACCAAGUGAAGUUUGGAUGCAGCUGGCUCGCCUUCGUGGCCAGGAGUCAGCAGGAGCUGGAUUCAGAAGGAGCAGACACCAACUCAUCCGAGGGCAUUCGUAAGUGUGAUCCCAGUCCGCAGGUUGAGCAGCCCAGUAGACAACUCGUGAAAGGGAACCUCGAAAGCCUAGAUAAAAACGAAAAUCCGACUGUAUUGCAAUCUGACACCGCAAGAGAUUUUGCCGCUGCACCUGAUCGCUGCAAUCUGGCCUACAAACUUACCUGUCUGCGGCCGUAA